UCAGGAAUCGUGUUGAAAUUUCCGAAGAACUCACCCCACCCGUGUGCAAUUGUCAUUCUCAUUGAAAAAAAGGAGUGUCGAAUCUCCGUAUGUCUUUGCGAUUAUAGAAAACGACAGCAAAGUUGGUUUAUUCAACAAGUUUUAUUCGCGCGAAUACAUUCUGCGAUGCCCCAAGUGUGCGUCAUGUUGCGUCUAUGUGUUUCCGCUGUUCUCAAAAACUGCAGAAGUCUCAGAUGUUCUUAAAAUUUCUUAACUUAAUUAACUUUUUUAUCCUCUUAAAAGGUGAUCGGAACAGUCGAUCUAGAUAUCGAUCUGGUUGCCAAAAAUAACACCCUGACACAUGCCAAACUUUUUCCUCGAACUACUUUACGUUCGCACAUUGACUUGUAUUUUAAUAUCGACAGCGCUUAUGAGAUACAACAAGUGCGUCUUUGUGGAGUGUCUUUUAAACGGCACGUUAACAUUUAUUAUUAUUCAACAGAAAAACGUUUGUAGGAAAAACAAUCGAAAUAUAUACUCAACAUCUCUUAAACAAUGGGUGCGUCGAGUAGUAGUGACGGUCCGUCGACUUCGAUUUCUACGAGCGAACGUGCGGCAGAAACGUCUUCGUAUGCGGAAGAUGUUCGCCUAACGAACAACGAAAGACAAAGAACGUACGUCGGAACGAGCGUCUGUAAGGAAGAGGAUCGGCCACGAUCGCAGUUGACAUAUCCCAAGCAAAUAACAGGCUGGCAGUGCGCCGACGAUCACAACUUCGCUAUGUGUCAGCAGUACAACGAAAUUGUGGAACUCUCGCGAAUUGUUUCGCAGCUGGCUAUGACCAAUCAUCAAUUGGCCAGCACGCACAACGCAACGUUGACGCGUAUGGAAACGAUGUAUGUGGAACUGUCCAAGCACAGAGAAAAUCAGAAACGGGAAACUUGCGCGGAAAUUCCGGAGACGUGCGACGACGUUCUUCGGAAGAGAUUGCGGGACGCGAUCGAGGACGUCGGAAGAGAAGAAACGCGACGAUUGGAGCAACGUGUCGUCAGACUGGAGAGAUUGCUGGCGACCAAUUCCGUCGGGCGGUGCAAACAGAUAGAUCCGCAAGAAGACAAUAGCAAGAAAACUAUCGAGAAGUCGCGUUCCAAAAUUGAGAGACUUGAGGAUAAGACCGAUGACCGCUCGAGAUCGCGUUGCGAACUGUCGAAACAAGAAAGAACGACAGAAGUACCUGAUGAGUGUGACGGGGAUGAAGAAACGGACGUUUGCAGUUGCAACGUUCGCGAUUCCGAAAUCAAUGUUCCUAGGAUAGACGAGGACUCUUGUUCCGCGAACGUAGAUUUAAAUAACACGCGUAGAAGACGCGCGAGAUUGAGAUUAGACAACGAGCAAAAAAAUUCGACAACGAGAGAUUCCGCGAGCGAGGAUGUACUUGAACUCUCGCGGGAAGUUGAGAGAUCGAGAACCGAUCGAAUGGAACGCGAAAAUUCGAACGAGAGACUGUUGCGCCGUCUGGCGGAUCAGAAAAAUCAGAUGGAAAAAUUAAGCGCGGAUCACGAGGAGCUAAAGACGCGAUACGCGGUAUUGGAGACCAAUCUGGACGAACGUAAGCAGCAACACGACGAACUGACGAAGAACUUGGACUCGGCCAAGAAGGAAAACGAGAGAUUGCUGAAGGAAAUCGAUGAUUUUCAAUCGGAAAGGAGCGUUGCCGAUGCAAGAACUUCGAUUCUGGAACAGGAUCUGCGAAAAUCGUUGCUCGAGAACGAGCGGAUGAAGGACGCGGAAGAUCAAAAAACGUCGCAGUUGCGGGCGCAAUUGUCCGAAGAGAUUUCGAACAAGGAGAAGCAAAGCAGGGCUCUCGAGGACGCCCUGCGGGAGAUUCAAAGACUGAGGGAAAUUAUGAAGACUGAACGUAGGAGUGAGAACAACGUCGCUUCGAAUGAUAACGUUGAUGUAGUUAAUUCGACGAACGACGGGCCGGAAAGCGCGGCUGCCAACAUGGAGAAGUUCAAAAAGGAAUUAACCCUGAAGAGAGAGGCCAGACACCGAGCUAUCGCGGCGGUCUCGUCCGAGAUGGAGAGACUAAGAAAAGAACUCGACGCCGAAAAGGAAGCUCAUUCCGAAACGUCGAGCAUGCUGGCGUUUUUGCAAUCUGCUCACAGCAGCGGUUCGCAAAAUCUCGCGAAUUGCGCAAAGUCAACAAACAGAGAAGAACGCGAGCGCCUGGACGAAAGCGGGAGAGAGUUGAGACGUGCGGAAGCGCAACGAUUAACGAGCAUUCUGAAGGUGUCGGACGAAUUGCGAAACAACAUACGAUACCAAAUCGAGAAAGUGGACGACCUUCGCUACCAACUGGAGACCGACUCGGAACGUCAUCGCAAUCGUAUACAAUGUUUGGCGGAAGUGGCCAGCAGGACGCGCGAGUCCCUGUUCGCGCGUGAACGUCGCACGAACGAGCUGAAGGAUCAUCUGGCGCAGAUGUCGGCCCGAUUGGGCGACAGGAGUCCUCUUCUCGAGGAUCGCGACGAAGCGGAUACCGAAUGCGAUCGACAGCUCGAGAGCAUCAACGCGCUGAAGAGCCUCUACAACGAGAGGUUGAGGAUUCUGGCCGAGUUGAAGGAUUCCACGGUCAAGGAGCUAACAGACGCGAAACAGAAACUGGAGUACGCGGUGAAAAAAUCUGAGAACUUGGAAGAGGAGCUGAAGAAAGCCGAGGAAAAGGUCGACGCUCAGGAUACGGAGAUCACGAACUUGGAGUCUCAACUGGGAUUGACAAAGGCGGAUUGCAGGGAUCUUCAAAAUCAGAUGUCUCUCAUCAACGGAUUGUUCACGCAGAUGCUGCUCGGAGCUUCUUCCGCGGACAUGGACCUCGAUCGAUUGACCAGGUUGCUGCAGGAGAAUCACGACCUGAUCAGCGACAUAGCCAGAGAAGAAAGUACCGAAGCAGCGGCACUUCCCAAACUUCUUUUGGAUCUGAUCGAGCAGGUCGAGGGCGGCAAAGCGAAGUCUCAAAACCAAACCCCGGACGAGGAGAACAGCGUUGAAAACGGCGAAGUCGACAGGAAAGAAGACGAUUUGCACGAGGAAAAUAUAGCUCACAAUUUGCCCAAGGUGUGGCGCGUUUUGUUCGAGUUGCUCAGUUGCCACGCGGUCACUUCCCCGAGCGUCUCCGUCGCGUCCUGUUCGGACCCGAACAGUUGUUACAAAUCGGUGGACACUCCGGCCGGUCCGCGACUCGUGAUAUCCGUGAGCAAAACGUACAUUCGUCUGAAAGAAUUGAUAUUGGAGAAAAAGCACUUGGAGAAGGAAAUGAAUCGCAUGAAGCAACUGAACACACAUUUGGAGAGCAAACUGAGCGAACAGGAGAAGAGACUUUCCAUGGUGUCGACCGAGCUAGCAAAAACGUGGAACAUCGUCGGCCGGAUGCAGGCGCAGCAUCAGCAGCUGCACACUCACGAGGAAAUACUGAGAUACGAGCUGCAACAGAAGAGAAAGAUGUUGCAAGAAUUGAAACAGGAACUUGAAUACUGCAGAGAAAAGUGGGAGUCGGCCAGACAGAAGAACACGAACACCGAGCUGGAAUGGAGGAGUUUGCGACGCGAGUUCGCUGCGAGGAAAGCUCUGGCUGCUCGCGACUUCUUCAACAGUGCCGAGAGCGGCUUCAGCGACGAGAGAGGCGACGACACCGACGAGGAAGAGGAUGCGAUCGAAGAAAGAAUCAGACACGGUCCACGUAGAAGAGCGCGGAAGGAAAAUCCUAGAGCACCGACACCGGACACGGAGUCCGAGCAGCCGACGGAUACCGAACUGUCGGAGUCGAAGACUGGCUCGUUGGAGCAACGCACGCCAACGCCGGAAAUCGAAGCGGAGCUGGAUUUGGAAUCUGUCAACGUAGAAACAGAAUCCGCGCGCGUUGCAGAGAGCACGCAGGAAACUUUGGAUCCUCUGGACCGGGCUCUCACCAACGUUAUACAGAAUCUCAUAAGAGUCGAUGACAGUGACGAAUCGGGCAGAGUUACUCAGACCAUCUCGCGGGAAAACACAGCGAUACCCUUUGAAGACCCGCGUGACGAUUCGAUUCUCGAAACCGGCGGCUGCGCAACCGAGAGCAGUCGUGCGACAACUUCAAAAACAGACGACUGCGACAGAAAUACGCGAUUGUGGACACCGAGCGCGGAAUCUUGGAGCUCGUUGCCCGCAAAAACACUGAAACGAACAGCAACAAGCAUCGAUUUGCCUUCGGCGGUGGACGAUGACGGCGAUGAUGUGAACGAGUCGAUCGGAGUCACAAAUUCCAAGAAGUCCGAUGAUGUUUCGUCGGCCAUCUCUCCCGCAUCGUCGACCGCCACGAGUGCAACCAGUACGACACCUGUAUUUGUCAUCGGGCCUCUUCCUACGUCAACCGUGCCAUCCUCGUCCAUAAAGAGCGUGCAGUUCAGCGAUCCUUUGAUCGUAGGUCCAUCCAAUCGUCUGGUCACUCCUGUGUUCGGCGUGGCCGUGGAAUUGGAAAAUUCUGCUUCGACUAUUCAAUCCUCAUCGAUGACGAGACAGGAAGACGAAUCGACAGAAGAACAACACAAGAAACAGCGAUUCCCUAAACCAAUGGAAAGUGUCGCGGAUUUUGACAGCGUGUCCGUCGACUCCUCAUCGAGUUUGGACACGGUCAGAGACUUCUCCACGGCCGAGACGAGUAUCUCGUCAAGAGAAGAAAAACCGCAGGGAAGUGGCGCGACAACUACGCGGAAAGAAGACACGGAAACCGCUCCAAGUAAAUCCCGAACUCCGGAGGAGGUUUUGGCGACGCGAGCUGACCGAUUGAAACGCUUGGAGGAACAGGCCGACUGGCUCAUGAAGAAGAUGAACGCCACGAGCAAACGAGGCAACGCCCUCUGCACCAGAUUGGAAGAGCUCCACGAGACUUACGGCGAGCCGCCGGUUCCGCCGCCCAUGCCGGACGUUUUACCCAGCCGUAGGCUGCCUUGUAGUCUGCUAGAUCUACCUCGUCAGGUACCUGAAUCGCCAGUAGCUGGCGCCAUCCAGAAUUCUGAAGACGAAAGUUCAAACGCAGCUGACGCGGCGUCACGUGCAAAUGCUCUGUGAUGUGUUUGAUUUUUUUUUUUUUCCAAUUAUGAAACAGUCGUUUAAUCGACAUUUGUUUUCAGCGAAGUUUGCAAACGCUGUAUCGCGAUCUUUUUCGCAACGUGGCGAACGUCAUAUCCUGGAAAGAGAGGCGCAUCAUGUAAUUAAUUACUUCAGCUACUGAUAUUCUAUAUGUCGAUGUCGCAUUAUUCAAUUUUGACACAUCUCUGUCUUCUUGACUUUAAUAAAGACAUGAUAUUACGAUUAA